UUGCACCACUGCACUCCAGCCUGGGUGAUAUGGUGAGACCUUGUUUUAAAAAAACCAAAGCAAAAAAAAUCACAGAAACCGCUUUCAGGUUCAUGAAACAAGAAGGUUUGAGAUGUAUGUUUCAAGUUUGAGUUCCAGUCACAUUUUAAAAAAAAUUCUUUUUUUCUUUUCAGAGACAAGGUCUUGCUGUGUUGCCCAGAGUGGAGCACAGUGGCUUUUCAUGGGUGAGAUCUCACUACUGAACUGCAAGGGAGUUUGGAACUGCCCCAUUUCUGACCUGGGCUAGUUCACCUUUCCUUAGGCAACCUGAUGGUGCCCUGUUCCAGGAAGGUCGCCAUAUUAAUACUGAACUUAGUGUGAACAGACUCCAGAUUGGCAUAGUGCCGUUCAACCCAGAACUGGGCUCAAGCCAUCCUCCUGCUUCAGCCUCCUCAGUAGCUGGGACUAUAGGCCACAUGCCACAACGCCAGGCAUCAUUCACUUUUUUUAGGCUUUUCAUCAAAAGGUGUCCAUUUACCCUCUGUUCUCUCCUACAGUCACAGAGGUCAUUGUACGCAGUAGAUUGUCACCUGCUUGUACCUGUGCUUACAUUAUCUCCACCUUGACUGCCUUCUGUUUUCCUAUCUACCUGUUAAUCUCCCACCUGUCCCCCUUAGUUUAUGUACCCUCCUACCUCAAGAAGCUUUUAUUUCUAUUUUACAUGAAAGUAAAAUAGAGCACUUGAAAGUAAAAUCCUCCAACUGGCACUGGAGGACUGGUGGCCAGGUUAUUUGAUAUAUAUAUAUAUAGAAUGUCCACUUAGCCUUGCCCUGAUUUUCUGACAAAAUGUAAGACCAUUACAAAUUCUGGCUUUAUUUGUCUUCUAAAUUCAGCCUUACAAAAUAAUGUUCAUGGAAAACCGUGACAUCUCACCAAUAGAUUAAUUUUAAUCAUCUUAAAUGAUGGAUUCUACAGCUUUUGGCCCAUUCUGCUGAAAUGGAGGACAGUACUGCCACCCAGAAAAUGAUGUCAGCUCGAGCCUGAUCUUUCCUAUUCACUCUUUGAAAACUCUAGAGGGUCAAGGGCUUCAACAAGCUUCUUAGAAGUGGCAGUAUUGUACUAAGCUUCAUGAGCCUCCGCCUUUCAGCAGUCCUGCCUGUGUUUCCUGUGGGGAACCAGCUUCAUUGCCCCUGAGCUUGAACCGCAUUCCCCAAUCUGAGACAGAAUUCGCAGGGCUAAGCGUUCCAGGCCACUGAUUGGCUUGCUCCGGAUCUGCUGGCAGGAACCUCUGCACACGUGUGAGCACCCCUGCCGCCCCUUGGGCCACCUCGCGCCAGUCUCUAAGGCUGGGUGGCGGGGCGCUGUGACAGCAGGGACGACCAGAGAGUGGCGGCAGCUCACAGUGAUCAAAUGAUCGUGAAGAGGGACACCUGUGAACCCAGGUGCCACGGCAGGUGCUGCCCAUAGGCGCCACGGGAGGGAAUAAAGGGCGCUGCCCCGCUUUUCCCCCAGAGUUUUCGCAGCCUGCAGGGAGGGAGGACGUGCGAGGCCGAAGCGUGGAGGCUAUGGGUGUGCUGGCCAGUGCUGGUUUGUUGCUAUUGCUGGUCAUCGGCCACCCCAGAAGCCUAGGACUGAAGUGUGGAAUUCGCAUGGUCAACAUGAAAAGUAAGGAACCUGCCGUGGGAUCUAGAUUCUUCUCUAGAAUUAGUAGUUGGAGAAAUUCAACAGUGGCUGGACAUCCAUGGCAGGUCUCCCUAAAAUCACAUGAGCACCACUUCUGCGGAGGAAGCUUGAUUCAAGGAGAUCGUGUUGUCACAGCAGCACACUGCCUGGACAGCCUCAGUGAGAAGCAACUGAAGAACAUAAUUGUGACUUCUGGGGAGUACAGCCUCUCUCAGAAGGAUGAGCAAGAACAGAAUAUUCCUGUCUCAAAAAUUAUUACCCAUCCUGAAUACAACAGCCAUGAAUAUAUGAGUCCUAAUAUUGCACUGCUGUAUCUAAAACACAAAGUCAAGUUUGGAACUGCUGUUCAGCCAAUCUGUCUUCCUGACAGUGAUGAUAAAGUUGAAUCAGGAGUUAUUUGCUUGUCCAGUGGAUGGGGCAAGAUUUCCAAGACAUCAGAAUAUUCAAAUGUCCUACAAGAAAUGGAACUUCCCAUCAUGGAUGACAGAGCGUGUAAUACUGUGCUCAAGAGCAUGAACCUCCCUCCCCUGGGAAGGACCAUGCUGUGUGCUGGCUUCCCUGAUGCGGGAGUGAAUGCCUGCCAGAGGGACUCUGGAGGACCACUGGUUUGUAGAAGAGGUGGUGGAAUCUGGAUUCUUGCUGGGAUAACUUCCUGGGUAGUCGGUUGUGCUAGAGAUUCAGCUCCUCUAAGAAAUAACCAUAUGAAGGCAUCACUUGUCAUUUUCUCCAAAGUGUCUGAGUUGAUGGAUUUUAUCACUCAGAACCUGUUCACAGGUUUGGAUCAGGGCCAACCUAUCUCAAAAGUGGGUCCGAGGUAUAUAACAAAGGCCCUGAGUUCUGUCCAAGAAGUGAACGGAAGCCAGAGAGGAGAGGAUUGUAAACCUCAGGGGACAGUGUUAUUUGGAGAAAAUGGGAAGAUUCGUUACCCCCAUUCCAAAGGAGACUACUAUUGUCAUAAUUGCUUAUAUGUUUGGAAAAUAAUGGUACCAAAGGAUAAAAUAAUCCUGAUAAAAUUUACAAGUUUCGACAUGGAAAAGCAAGUUGGAUGUGAUCAUGACUAUGUAUCUUUACAAUCAAGCAAUGGGGUGCUUAUUAGUAAGGUCUGUGGAAAUAUAUUGCCCUCACCAUUGCUGACAGAGACCGGUGAGACCAUGGUUCCAUUUGUUUCUGAUACAGAAGACAGUGGCCGUGGCCUCGAGCUUACCUUUACUGCCAUACAGAACUCAGAAGCAGGGUCAGGUUGUGGAAGCGUGGCUAUAUUGGUAGAAGGGACAAAUCACUCCGCCAAGUAUCCUGAUUUGUGUCCUGGUAACGUAAGGUGUCAUCAGUUCAUUCGUGCUCCAGAGAAACACAUUAUAAAGUUGACAUUUGAGGACUUUACUGUCAAACUUAGUCCAAACUGUAUUUAUGAUGCUGUUGUGAUUUAUGGUGAUUCUGAAGAAAAGCACAAGUUCGCUAAACUUUGUGGAAUGUUGACCAUCACUUCAAUAUUCAGUGCUAGUAACAUGAUGGUGAUUUACUUUAAAAGUGAUGGUAAAAAUCGUUUGCAAGGCUUCAAAGCUAGAUUUACCAUUUUGCUCUCAGAGUCUUUAAACAAAAUUGAACCAACGUUACCUCCCCAAAACAAUCCUGUAUCUACUGUAAAAGCUAUUCUGCAUGAUGUCUGUGGCAUCCCUCCAUUUAGUCCCCAGUGGCUUUCCAGAAGAAUCGCAGGAGGGGAAGAAGCCUGCCCCCACUGUUGGCCGUGGCAAGUGGGUCUGAGGUUUCUAGGCGAUUACCAAUGUGGAGGUGCCAUCAUCAACCCAAUGUGGAUUCUGACCGCAGCCCACUGUGUGCAAUCGAAGAAUAAUCCACUCUCCUGGACCAUUAUUGCUGGGGACCAUGACAGAAACCUGAAGGAAUCAACAGAGCAGGUGAGAAGGGCCAAACACAUAAUGGCGCAUGAAGACUUUAACACACUAAGUUAUGACUCUGACAUUGCCCUAAUACAACUAAGCUCUCCUCUGGAGUACAGCUCGGCAGUAAGGCCGGUAUGUCUCCCACACAGCACAGAGCCUCCGUUUUCCUCAGAGAUCUGUGCUGUGACCGGAUGGGGAAGCAUCAGUGGAGAUGGUGGCUUAGCAAGUCGCCUACAGCAGAUUCAAGUGCAUGUGUUAGAAAGAGAGGUCUGUGAACACACUUACUAUUCGGCCCAUCCAGGAGGGAUCACGGAGAAGAUGAUCUGUGCUGGCUUUGCAGCAUCUGGAGACAAAGAUUUCUGUCAGGGAGACUCUGGUGGGCCACUAGUAUGUAGACAUGAAAAUGGUCCCUUUGUCCUCUAUGGCAUUGUCAGCUGGGGAGCUGGCUGUGUCCAGCCAUGGAAGCCGGGUAUAUUUGCCAGAGUGACGGUCUUCUUGGACUGGAUCCAAUCAAAAAUCAAUGGUCCUGCUUCACUUCAGACAAAUAAUAAAUGCAAAACCUUAAAACAACAAUUGCUACCACCCACACCUUCGCCAGGCAGUGCAUCUUGGACAGGCUGUUGCUCUGAAGCAGAGCUAGAAAAGCCCAGAGACUUUUUUCCCACUCCACGAUAUCCACUGGAUUACAGAGGAAGAUUGGAAUGUUCUUGGGUGCUCAGAGUUUCACCAAGCAGUAUGGCAAAAUUUACUGUUGAGUAUCUGUCACUCCUGGGGUCUCCUGUGUGUCAAGACUCAGUUCUAAUUAUUUAUGAAGAAAGAUACAGUAAGAGGAAGAUGGCAGGUGGAUUACAUGGGAGAAGACUUUACUCAAUGACUUUCAUGAGUCCUGGACCCCUGGUGAGGGUGACAUUCCAGUCCUUUGUUCAAGGUGCAUUUGGCAUCAGCUAUAUAGUCUUGAAAGUCCUAGGUCCAAAGGACAGUAAAAUAACCAGACUUUCCCAAAGUUCAAACAGAGAGCACUUGGUCCCUUGUGAGGAUAUUCUUCUGAUCAAGCCAGACGGGAUCAUGCAGAUCCCAAGAAAUUCUCACAGAACUACUAUGAGUUGCCAGUGGAGGUUAGUAGCCCCUUUAAAUCACAUCAUUCAGCUUAAUAUUAUCAACUUCCCGAUGAAGCCAACAACUUUGGUCUGUCAUGGUCAUCUGCAUGUUUAUGAAGGAUUUGGACCAGGAAAAAAAUUAAUAGGUAACUGGUUUCCCAUGAAUCACUAUGCUACUGAUUUUCUCUUAUGAAACAUGUUUAGAUUGUUUUAUAUUCAAUAUGUGGCUUACAUGUGACAUACACUAGUCUCCUCUUAUAGGAUGUUGAAAUAGACCUACUGUUUAACUUUUGUCAGAUUUAAAAUUAAGAUAUAAAAUCUCAAGUUUAGUUAAAAACAAAGUCCAACAACGUUUCUUACAUGGAUCACACCUAGAUUAAAUUUGCUCAGAAAUAGUAAAAGUAAAGAAUGAAUGAAGUAGUUUUAGACAAAAACACAAGAAAAUUAAGACUAUAAAAUUAAUAAGGCAAAAUAAUCACAGCAAAAGGCAUUACAUGAGUUUAUCAAUUGGUAGUAGUUAGAAACCUGGUUACUGUGAUUUAAACUCAUUAUUUUCAAAGAGAAAUGUAGGCACACUGCUAGUUCAACAGUUGAACUCCACCAGCACUAAAGGUACUUCAAUUAUUUUGGCUUUUCCUGAUGGUUGCAUAAUGGCUAUUUCAGUUCUCAUCAUUACAUUGAUGAAAGAAGGGACAGGGAGGAUUAUCCCUAUCAGGAAAGCAAACGUGUUUCCAAGAAUCCUGUAGCAGACUUAAAUCUCUGGCCAGAAUUGUCACAUGGCCAUGCCUGACCAGAGGGUGACUAGAGAGAAGGGAAAUGGAAAAGCAUUUUGGGUGGUCAACCAAAAUUUCUGGACACCAUGGGAUAUAGAAGUCCACAGUUCUGAAAUCUGAUGGUUCUGGGUCCAUAUCUCUGCUCUACCACAUACUAGUUAAGUGACUUUGGGAAUGAUCUCAAAUCUUUCUAAGACUCAGUUUCCUCAUUUGUGAGAGGAGACACCCCACCACCAUGCACACUAUGGUCUAUGAAUUCCCAGUUUACUUAAUCAAGAAAUAAAUGUGUAAUUAAGUAAACGCCCAGCAAAAGAGGAUGUAUGGCUUUUUGCUGGCUUUUGCCUUCCUAAGAAGGGCCCAGAUACAGGUGUCACUCUCCAUGCAGGUAGGGUCCUCUCAGAGUGGAUAAAAAAGUCAAUUGCUAAACCACUAUCUUUUUUAUUCUUCAGAUUUACAAUACUAUCCUAGAAGUAAGUGCACUAAGAAUAUUUCUGUUUCUAUUUAGGAGAAUGUUGAUGAGCACCGAGCUUUCUUGGUUCCAAAGCCAAUUCAGCACUAAGAAGACCACAGCUUCUUGUGGGGAGACUGCAGCAUCUACGAAAAUGAUGUAUACUUCUACCGUUCUUGCCUUACAGAACACCUGUUACCAUGCACUGCCUCAUGAGGUUGUUUUGAGAAUUAAAUAAGAGAAGGCAUGUUAAUCAACACUAAGAAACCAAGCUUGUGUUUUGUUUGGAUUAGAAAUAUUUAUUCUGAUUCCUGUUCUUAAAAUUGUGCUGCUUAGAGGAAAAGUUUAGAUUGUCUCCCUAUUGCCUCUUCUAUGGGUGACAGGGCAAAAAGAUUGGAAAAACAAAGAAAUAAAGAAGGGGACAGGGAAGGAAGAGUACAUUAGGAAUGUCAGUUAUCACUUACAAUGUUAAUCAAUUAUAUAUCUGUUUUUUACUUAGAACUAGUUCACAAAACAUACUAUUUUCUAUUUCCUUCUCCCCAAAAGUUUUAUGACUCUUUUUCAAUUUCUCUAAGUAGGGUUUACAAGCUCUGUGGUAUAGGGAAGGAAAAAAUAUUUCUCUUCUACCCAUCUAUCCAGAGGAACAAAUCCUGUGAUCAGAAGUUUAGAACUUAUAGCCCAACCUCUGGCUAGGGGAGAGGGACUGGAAAUGGACUUAAUCAGCAAUUGUCAACGAUGUGAUUGAUCAUGUCUAUGUAAUGAAGCCCUCAUAAAACCCCCAAAGGAGAGUUCAGAAAGUUGGGUUGGUGAACACAUGGAGGGUGCUGGGAGGAUGGUAUACCCAGAAAGAACAGUGAAGCUCUGUGCCCAGACUCCAUAUCUUGCCAUGUACAUCUUUUAUUUGACUGUUCCUGAACUAUAUCAUUUGUAAUAAGUAGGUAAACACAAAUAAAGUGUUUCCCUGAAUUUUGUGAGUUGUUUUAGUAAAUUGUCAAACCUGAGGAGGGGAUCAUGGGAACCUCUGAUUUAUUGCUGGGCAGUCAGUAGCACAUGUGACAACCUGUACUUGCAAUUGGCAUCUGAACUGGGGAGUGAGGACAGUCUUGUGAAACUGAGCUCUUAACCUGUGCAGUCCAUGCUAACCCAAGGUAGAUAAGAAUGGAAUUGAAUUGUAAGAUACCCAGUUGUCGUGGGAGGGAAAAAUCCCAUACAUCUAGUGUGAGAAGUGAAGUACCGAGAGUAGCAGUAGUUGUAGGAGAGAGAGAGAUUUUUCUUUUAGUUCGUGUAGAGAAGUUUUGGUUUUGUUUUGUGUUUUGUUUUUUGUUUUUUGUUUUGUUUCUCAGACUAUCUUAGCUUCAUUGGCUGGAACUCUGGCAAUGAUACUGACAAAAGACAAAAAGAGAAAAACUGAAUUUUCUUAACACACAUAUCAUGCAUAUAUGGGAAAAUUCAGUGGUGAGUAACUCAAAGAGGUGAUUAGAACUUGGGCUUACAUAACAUUUUAACAAAAGAACAAUAAAUAAGAGAAGUGACAAAGGAAAAGGACUUUGAGCUUCUAAAGGCAAAGACCUUGAGCUUCUAGGGGUGGCAUAUUGUAGGAAGGUGAAUAUAUUGGGGACAGUUGUAGAAAACUAAGGUUUCUUUAGAAAGAUUUGUUAUGUAGAUUCUUCUGGUGUCGUCUCUGGGCUGAUAAGAGUCUAGAUUUGUCUCUAAGAAUCGUUCUGCCUUUCCUCGUGGAGAGAGUGGGAGGGCAGAGAGUUUUUCUUCUGUCUACAUUUUUUUUUCAAUUGCUUUCUGCUGAAAAUAAUCCUCGUGCCAGGGUGGUAUACUCUCAACCGUCUCUGGGCUAAGUCAGUGCUUGACCUCAGCAGAUUAUUUGAUGAACAUUUGACAGAACCAAAUAGGAUUUAUCCCAAGAACACAAGGAAAAUUGAAUGUUAAAAUGUAUUGUAUAUUAAGAUUUUCUACUAUAAAUUAGAAAAAAUAGAUACAAAUUAUAUAGCAA